CGCUGCCACUUGCAGAUUCUCAAAUGCCACCCGUCUGCGACCUUCUGAAUUUUUCAUUACUUUUCUUCGCAACGAAGACAAGCUUGCGACCUUCAUGACAUAGAGUGUGAGCAAGUUCUUGUUGAACGAAGUUCUCGUCGGCAAAAGAUGUUGGCUGUGUUUGAAAAAGCCACAGGAAAACCUCCGGUUGAGCUGGGUCUUCCCUCCAUGGGGUCGGAAAAUUCCAAGACACCGCAUGAAAUCUUGGAGAUUUUUCUGUCGAUGCGAUCGGAUUUUGCUCUUUACAACCUCCCACAUGGGAAUUUUAUGGCUCUGUCGCAUAAAGAAGAAAAUCCAAUGCACCCCAGGUCCAUUGUUGUUAUGGACGAUACCUUCUGCAUAUUUGUAGGGACUCUAGCCAAUGUUGCUGAUCUAAGGCAUUACUAUGGCCUGCCUAGGCAAGCCACAGAAGCCAUGGUCGUGGUUGAAGCUUACAAAGUUCUGAGAGAUCGAGCUCCUUACCCUCCUGACCAAGUCGUCAAAGACCUUGAUGGAAAGUUCGCAUUCAUCAUCUUUGAUGCCAAAACCAACACUCUUUUUGCGGCCAGAGAUCGAGAGGGAAGUGUGGAAUUUCAGUGGGGAAUGGCAAAGGAUGGAUCCUUGGUCUGCUCUGAUGAUCCUAACAUCACAAGACAGGGGUGUGGAAAAUCUUCUUCGCCUUUCCCUCCUGGGUGCAUAUUCAUGAAUGGAAUUGGACUGACAAGUUUUGAUCAUCCACUUCACAAGAUUCGAGCCAUUGCUCAUGAAGAUGACAAAGGAAACAUAUCAAGUGUGUAUUUCCAGGUGGAUUUAUACUCCAGAAUUCCCAGCAUUCCUCGUACUGGAAGUGCAUCCAAUUGGGCUGAUACUGCAACUGGUCAAAUAAAUUAAUUAUUCAAUCAAUGUUUCAAGAGUAUAAACCAGUAGAAACUGGUGCAAUUGUAAACAAUAAUCUGAAAAACUUCUAUUAAAGAAAUUGUUAUGAUCAUGGUUGUGGGGUUGGUGAAUAUCUGAUGAACCGUAGAAGGGGUAGCCUUAGAAGAUUCAACAAGAAUCCAAAUAAGGAUCCUUUUUUAGCGGGAGGAAGAAAUAUUAAUGGGAAGCUUUAACUUCAUUUGAUA